CAAUGCACUAAACUAACACAGUACACAUGACGAACUCAAACGAAGACGGCGACAAAUCUUCGAAAACCCUAAUCAGCGAUCGAAGAUUACGAAACCUCUCAGCUUGAAUUUCAGGUUUCCUGUGUAAAGUUUUAACCUUUUUGUUUAAAUCUCUCUGUUUGAAUCUGUAAACAGAGAAAACUAGAGAGGGAACAAGAGUAGUUUUUGUCUUCUUCUCUGAAUCUGCGAUGAUGGUAUCUCCGUGCAUUGCAUGUGAUCUGGGUUUUUGAAAAGCUCCGAUCUUUGAUACUAUAAGCAGCUGUUUCGUAGUUAGGUUAAUCUGUGAAGAAAGAUACAAGUAGAAAGGUUCACCAUUUUGAAUACAAGGAAGCUUGAUUUUUGCAGCUAUGGAAGGAAACUACAUUGAUAAGACUCGAGUGUUGGAUAUCAAACCAUUGCGUACUCUCAGACCUAUCUUCCCCAGCGGAAACCAAGCUCCUCCUUUCGUCUGUGCACCUCCUUUUGGUCCCUUUCCAGCUGGAUUCUCACCUUUCUACCCCUUUGGCUCCUCUCAAGUGAAUGAACAAACACCACAUCUCUCUCAAGCUCAAAACCCACCUCAACGUCAGCCUCAGAUUCCAUCUCAAGCUCAACAUCAGCCUCAGCUUCCACCUCAAGCUCAUCAUCAGCCUCACCUUCCACCUCAACAUCAACAUCAGCCUCAGAAUCUAUCAGAACAUUCGCUGGCUACUCCUUUGAGGCCACUUAGAUCUUCUAAUGGAGACAUAGAGCCUGUGGAGUCAACUUUGAAAAGAAAGACCCCUAAAAAGCGUCAACUUUCUACUGUGAAUUUCGAGAGUGGGAUUAGUGUUGCUGAAAGAGACAACGGCAACAGGGAGCUGGUUACGAGUGUUCUUAUGCGGUUUGACGCGCUGAGAAGAAGGCUUGCACAGCUGGAGGAUGCGGAGGACGCGGUUAACGGGAUCAUCAAACGCCCUGACUUAAAAGCAGGAUCUACUUGUAUGAGCAGAGGGGUUAGGACCAACACCAAGAAGAGACCAGGUCUUGUUCCAGGCGUUGAGAUUGGGGACAUCUUCUUCUUCAGGUUUGAGAUGUGUUUGGUUGGGUUGCAUUCUCCAUCGAUGGCUGGCAUUGACUAUCUGGUCAUCAAGGGGGGAGAUGCAGAAGAGGAGCCUAUCGCCACCAGCAUUGUAUCUUCCGCAUAUACCGAAAUCGACAGAGUUAAUCCGGAUGUUCUGAUAUACACCGGUCAAGGCGGUCACGCUGAUAAAGAUAAAGAAGCAUCUGACCAGAAGCUGGAGAGAGGUAACCUCGCUUUGGAGAAGAGCUUGCAUAGGAACAGUGCGGUUAGGGUGAUCAGAGGCUUGAAGGAGGCUACUCACAGGGUUAAGAUCUAUGUCUACGAUGGGAUCUACGAGAUCAAAGAGGCGUGGAUAGAGAAAGGCAAAUCAGGACGCGACACCUUCAAGUAUAAGCUAGUGAGAGCUCCUAAUCAGCCUCCUGCUUUUGCUACAUGGACCGAGAUACAAAGUUGGAAGACUGGUAAGUCUCAAAGGAGAGGACUCAUCCUCCCUGAUCUCACCUCCGGCGUCGAAAGCGUAGCUGUCUCGCUUGUGAACGAAGUUGAUAGCGAGAAUGGUCCUCCUUACUUCACCUACUCCACAACGGUUAAAUACUCCAUGUCUUUUCAGCUGACGCAGCCUUCUAGCGGAUGCGGUUGCAGUUGCGGAAACAAAUGCAAGCCAGGGAACUUGGAGUGCCCCUGCAUAAGGAAGAACGGAGGCGAGUUUCCUUACACAGGGAAUGAUAUUUUAGUUAGCCGGAAGGCUAUGGUGUAUGAGUGCAGCCCUUCUUGCCCUUGCUUGACUUGCAAAAGCAAGGUGACUCAGAUGGGAGUGAAACUGAGGCUGGAGGUUUUCAAGACGGUGGAUAGAGGAUGGGGGUUACGCUCAUGGGAUCCUAUUCGCGCCGGUGCGUUUAUAUGCGUUUAUGCAGGUGAGGCCAGAGACAAGUCCAAGGUGCAGCAGACGAUGGCUAAUGAUGACUUUACUUUUGAUACGACGCGUGUCUACACCCCUUUUAAAUGGAACUAUGAGGCUGGCUUAGCGGACGAAGAGGCUUCCGAGGAGGUGUCUGAAGAACCUGAACUCCCAUUGCCUCUUAUAAUCAGUGCUAAGAAUAUUGGGAACGUUGCAAGGUUCAUGAACCACAGCUGCUCACCUAAUGUGUUCUGGCAGCCGGUUAGUUAUGAGAAUAACGGUCAGCUCUACUUGCAUGUCGCCUUCUUUGCCGUUUCUCACAUCCCUCCUAUGACUGAGUUGACUUACGACUAUGGUGUUGCACGACCAAGCGGAGCUCAAAAUGGUAAUCCUAUGUAUGGUAAAAAGAGGUGCUUUUGCGGAACACAGUAUUGCCGUGGCUCAUUUGGUUGAUGCUUAACAUGAAAAAGGUAUAGUGUUUUAAGUCUUCUUCUCUUCGACGGCAUAAGACGCAAAGCUGUGAUGGAUUCUUUCCUGCUUCUUCUCCAUCAAAGUCUUUAUCUAUUUCUCUGAUCUUUGAGGAAAUGUAUCCUCAGGGUUUCUCUCCUGUUGGAUAUGUAAGAAUUAGUAUUUUUUUUUCAGAUUGUUUUUAGGACAAAACCUAUGGGAAGUUAGAAACUAGUACCCUGCCUUUGUUUGAUUAAAAGAUUUGAUGAAUAUGAUAAUCAGUUUUAACA